AAACGUAGCUGGCAGAGGUGCUAGCUGAGACACUGGAAGCUGUUAAGGGGAAGAACGCUACUCUGUAGAAAGACCUGAGACAUCCUUAAGAACUGAGAAUCUGACUAAUUUAAACAGAUGGCUAAUCCCAGUGCUGUCUGCAAUGGGCAUCUACAUCAUCAUCAUAAUCAGAAACAGAAUAACCUCUUAAAAAGUGGAAUCUAUAAGAAAAAUGGAAUUACUAAAGGAAUGAAGAAGAAUGGCAUAUCAAAUGGAACUCUCUACAAAAAAACAUUUAUUGAGCACUUUGAACAGGCACCAAUGUAUGUUGCUGUUCUUACUUUCCUGGGUUUUGGAGUGGGAACAAUAUUUGGCUACCUGCGAGAUUUUAUGAGAGCCUGGGGACUAGAAAAACGUAACAUUGCUGCAGAGAGAGAACAACAAAAAGAUUUUGUGCCACUUUAUCAAGAUUUUGAGAACUUUUACACCAGAAACCUCUAUAUGAGAAUACGGGAUAACUGGAAUCGUCCAAUUUGCAGUGUCCCAGGGCCACAGUUUGACCUCAUGGAACGCGUUACAGAUGAUUACAACUGGACAUUUAGGUUUACAGGGAGGACUAUCAAGAAUGUAAUCAAUAUGGGUUCUUAUAACUACCUCGGCUUUGCAGAAACGGAUGUUAAUGCUUUGAAAACUGUGACCAGAGAGUUACAAAAAUACGGGACAGGAGUCUGCAGUACCAGACAGGAAAUGGGCACCCUAGACAAACAUGUAGAGCUAGAGAAACUUGUGGCCAAGUUCCUUGGUGUGGAAGAUGCUAUGGUGUUUGGCAUGGGUUUUGCAACUAACUCAAUGAAUAUUCCAGCCCUUGUUGGGAAGGGCUGCCUCAUUUUAAGUGAUGAGUUGAACCACACUUCUCUCGUUCUUGGUGCAAGGCUUUCAGGUGCUACUAUUAGAAUCUUCAAGCAUAAUAAUAUGCAGAGCCUUGAGCAGUUGCUGAGGGAUGCAAUAAUAUAUGGUCAGCCUCGAAGCCGCAGAGCAUGGAGAAAAAUUAUCAUCCUCGUGGAGGGCAUUUACAGCAUGGAAGGGUCCAUCGUGCGCCUGCCAGAGAUAGUCUCCUUGAAGACGAAAUACAAAGCCUACCUCUACUUGGACGAAGCUCACAGCAUCGGUGCGGUGGGUGCAACGGGCCGAGGAGUUGUGGAAUACUUCGGUAUGAGUCCUGACGAUGUUGAUGUAUUAAUGGGAACGUUCACAAAGAGCUUUGGCGCAGCUGGAGGAUACAUAGCUGGUAAAAAGGACCUUGUGGACUUUUUACGAACUCAUUCUCACAGUGCUGUGUACGCCACAUCUAUGUGUCCACCCGUAGCAGAGCAAAUCAUCAGGGCAAUGAAAUGUCUCAUGGGACUAGACGGGACAACACAAGGGCUCCAAAGAGUACGCCAGCUGGGGAAAAACACAAGAUACUUCAGACGAAGACUGCAUGAAAUGGGCUUCAUCAUUUAUGGCAAUGAUGAUUCUCCUGUUGUCCCCUUACUCCUUUAUAUGCCUGGUAAGAUAGGGGCUUUUGCAAGACGCAUGCUAGAAAAAAAUAUCGGGGUGGUUGUGGUUGGGUUUCCAGCUACUCCUAUCACAGAAUCCAGGGCUCGGUUUUGUGUGUCAGCUGCACAUACACGGGAGAUGUUAGACACGGUUUUGAAUGCUCUGGAUGAAUUGGGUGAUUUUCUACAUCUGAAAUAUUCCCGGUAUUCCAAGUCAUCUCAUCCCGAACUGUAUGAAGAAACUAGGCUUGAACUUGAAGAUUAAGUUUUCCACCCAUGAAGAGAACAUUAUGAUGCUAUGAAAGGGGGGAAAACCCGAAAAACUAAAAAAUAAGAAUGCAUUUCUUCCCUUCUAAGGACAAUUUUUGUUUCUCAGUUAAUUGAAAGGAGGGGAAGCUCGGGUGUUGCAUUUUAUCGUAUCAAAUUUCUGUAUUCAAGAGACUGAAAUAUUGAUACAGAUUUGCCUCCCCAGGAGAUCUGUCCUUCUCACGGUAUUUUUGAUGCAGAAUGAAUGCAUCCAUUGAUCGAGUUGCUAACGUACAGCUUUUGUUAUGGCACCUUUUUAUGAAAAGGCUUCAGAUAGUCUUAAUUGUGACUGAAAUAAUAAAG